GCAUCAUAAAUGAGUUUUAAAGGUUUGAUACUUUCUAAAGUCAGUAGGGUGCACUAAAGGUACACGAGACAUGCCCAAAAAGUGUUUGUACCCUAAAAGGCACCAUUUAUUAACAUUAAUUUCUGGAAGUGUAUUGUAUAGAAUAAAUACAAAGACCAAGCAAAAGAAAUUGAAAAACAGACCUGGGGUGGAGAAAUAGAUGGAAAGGGAAGGAGGGAACAAGAACAGAGAAGAAGUAGAGAGGGAGGGAACGAGAAAGCCAGAGGGAGAGAAAACCAGAUCCCGAAACCCUCACGCACCCUCUGUUCUUCUCAGUCAGAAUCGCUGUGAAAAAGCUCUGGUGGUUCAUCACAGGAGCCUCUUCUAACAGAUGGAGACGAUGCUGACCUUAGCCCUCGCACUGUGUAUUCUCCUGCCGCUCGCGCACGGAGUGCCACCAGGGUUCAAGGUGCGUCUGGAGGGCGGUUCAGGAGUACACGAGGGCCGAGUCGAGGUGUUUCAUAAUGGAGUGUGGGGCUCGGUGUGUGACGACGAGGUGGAUAUCAACCUGGCUAAUGUGGUCUGCCGAGAACUCGGUUACGGACAAGGUCUAACGUGGGCACACAGUGCCAGAUUCGGACAGGGUCGAGGUCCAAUUUGGUUGGAUAAUGUGGUGUGUAAAGGCACAGAGACUUCUCUCUCUGACUGUCGCUCUAACGGCUGGGGUGUAAAUGAUUGCACCCACGCUGAGGACCUGGGGGUUGUGUGUACCCAACAGGGCCCACGCCAGGGCCAUGUACCCCGUUAUAGUGAAUCUGCACAGCCUGCUACUGCUGUACCUCGCUCACGAGAGAGCGCAUACAACAGGCGAGGCCAUGAGAUUGCCUUGAACAGAAACUCUGCCCGGAGCUCUCCAGCCUCCUCCUCACCACACGGCCAUCAGAUCCAAUUGCGCAGGAACAGCUAUGAUAAUGCAGCCGCACACAGGCAAGAAAACUCGGUGCCACAAGGGCACGAACUGCCCAAUUAUCUACGCAGUGGGGCAUCAUACAGACGCAAUCAGGACAGUCAACCCAGACCUUUCGCCCAGUCCUCCGGCCCCGAGAGAUCUGGAGCUCUACAGUCGGGUCCGGUGCCCAGGUCUGAACAGUCAGACCCCAAUGUAGAGCAUGACAACAGAAUGAACACUGAUUUCACAAACACUGUGGAACAGAGUGUAGGAAGAGUGAGUUUGGAAGUGGUUCGACUCCGCCCAGUUUUGCCUGCUACUCGGGGCGCUGCAAUGGUAACGGAAGGGGUGCUUGAAGUGAAGCAUGCUGGGAGAUGGAGACACGUUUGUAACCUUGGCUGGGAUCUGAGCAGCAGUAGAGUGGUGUGUGGGAUGCUGGGAUAUCCAAAAGCAGAGCAGCACAAUGAGCGCUUGUACAAGAAACAGUGGGAAUCCAAGAUGGCGGAUCCAGCCAUGCGGUCUACAGUCAGUAAGAAGGGCUACUGGGUGGAGAAGGUGAAGUGCUCAGGAGCCGAGAACUCCUUGGCACGAUGCCAGACUCAGCUGUCUUUCGCACGUAGUGAAGUGCCGUGUAAUGGUGGGAUGCAUGCUGUGGUGCGCUGUGUACCUGGUCCGCAAUUCUCCCGUCUGUCCAUCUCUGGACAGCCUCAAGCUCCGCCCUCCUCCCAGACUGUGCGUCUGAAAGCAGGCCCCAGGCUUGGAGAGGGACGUGUGGAGGUGCUGAAAGAGGGAAAAUGGGGGACGGUGUGUGAUCACCUGUGGGACCUGACAGCUGCCAGCGUAGUGUGUAGGGAGCUGGGCUUCGGCACUGCCAAAGAGGCCCUGAGUGGUGCACACUUGGGCCAAGGUACGGGUCCUAUCCAUAUGAACUCGGUACAGUGUACAGGCCAUGAGGGUUCCUUAAGGCAGUGUAAAUAUCGGGAGGUUCCACUGUAUACCUGCAAACACAGCCAGGAUGUUUCUGUUCGCUGCAACAUUCCCAAAACUGACCUCUCAGCUACGGUGCGUUUGGCAGGGGGGAGAGAUGCCAUGGAAGGAAGGGUGGAGGUAUUGAUAGAUGGGCGCUGGGGGACAGUGUGCAGUGAGAACUGGGGCAUUAACGAGGCCAUGGUGGUAUGCAGACAACUUGGCAUGGGCUUUGCGUCCUCAGCUCACCAGGAGACUGCAUACUGGUUUGGAAACCCAGAUGCAGAGGAAGUUGUUCUCAGUGGGACGCACUGUAUUGGGACAGAGAUGUCCAUCCAGCAGUGUAGGAGGAACGGAUAUGUGUACUGUCCUCGCGGAGGCGGAGUCAAAGCAGCCGGGGUUACCUGUGCUGAAACGGCGCCGGACUUGGUAGUGGACGCUCAGCUGGUCCAGGAGUCAGCAUACCUGGAAGACCGUCCUCUUCACCUGCUCACCUGUGCCCAUGAGGAGCGCUGCCUCUCAUCCUCGGCCGCCCACAUGAACUGGCCCUACGGCCACCGGCGCCUGCUGCGCUUCUCCUCACGGAUCCUGAACCUGGGACGUGCAGACUUCCGGCCGCGGGCUGGACGUGAUGCCUGGGUCUGGCACCAGUGCCACAGACACUACCACAGCAUCGAGGUGUUCACACACUACGACCUCCUGACCAUGAACGGCACAAAGAUCGCAGAGGGACACAAAGCCAGCUUCUGUCUGGAGGACACAUUCUGCCCUGAUGGCCUGCACAAGCGAUAUUCCUGCUAUAACAUGGGAGAUCAAGGCAUUUCAGUGGGAUGCUGGGAUACGUAUCGCCAUGAUAUUGACUGCCAGUGGAUUGACGUGACUGAUGUCAGGCCUGGAGACUACAUCUUCCAGGUGGAAGUAAACCCCUCACUGGACAUGGCCGAGUCUGACUUCCAGAACAACGUGAUGCGGUGCAGGUGCAGGUACGACGGUGGGAGAGUCUACCUGUAUGGAUGUCAUGCAGGUGAUGCCUACAGCGCCGAGGUUGAGGACCUGUUCGAACACCAGCGUCAGAUUUCUAACAACUUCCUCUAAUGAAUGACAGAGGAACCAGGAAAGCAAAAACUCUCCUUCGUCAUCCUCUCACCCUGCCUCUGGACGGAGGGGAAGGAGAAGGAGAAGCUGGCUAACGCGAACAGAUUACAGGCUGUGGGGUUUUUAGAGAUUUAUUUAAGUUUGAUCGUCGGUCCGGUGAAUAUGUUGAAGUAGGACCAGGUCCAGAAUUCUGGGUAAUUUUAAUCCGGGUCAUUUUCCCUCUGAAUAACUGAUCUGUUUAUAAUCUGGCUGGAGUAUGGUGAGGUAAUGAUGUAUAAAUGAACCAAUUAGAUCUCUUAAGAGGAGUGAUUCUGGCAUAACUGAGUAAAGCAGGAUGUUAGAAUAUUAGAUUAAAAUAUUAUACAAGUAGAAUAGAGUAUAUAUGAUGGCGGUGUAGGAAAUAUGUACAUGAGGCAUCUUUUGCCAUGACAUUGCCUGAUUAUCCACGAGCAAAAAGAAAGAUUAUGCAAGUAGAACUGGAACGUUCAGAUGUCCACUCUUGCCAUCAUGUUAUUGUUGCUGUGGCAACGAGUGAAUUUUUUUUUUAGCUUCUAAAAAUAUCAGUUCCUUUCUUUAGAUUUAAAGUGUUAUUUGACCAUUGGUCCCCACCCUGAGAAAACAACUAAAACAAAUACUAACAGCAGUAAUGCUAAUAAAUCCAGUUUCUGCAUUUUGUUGCAGUUCAAGCAUUUUGCUUUUGAACACUGAUUUUAGACAUAAAACACGAUCACUAAAGUGCUUUGGUAUUCUUUUCAUAUGCAUCGCUUGCGUCCUCUAGAUAUUCCAUGGCCUGACCCUUCAAAGCUGUACGUUUCUCAUACCGAUACUUUAUAUUACUUUAUAAUGUUCAUACUGAACACUGAUAAUCCCAGUACAGUGUCAGUGGUAGAAAAAGUGAAAAGAUCUUUCAGACUUCAUGCAUAAUGAAAACAACCCAUAAUUAGUACAGGUUAGUCUAGCAGUAGACAUCUCAUAGCACUUGGUUCCUUCAUUCCCAACUAAAUAGUACUUUGCUUAGGCCUUAGCUGUUAUUUAAACAUCGAACUCUUGAUCCCUGUAUUAAUAAUGCAUCUGAGCACAGAGCUGAUAGCUUUACAUUAAAAGAUUUCUUCAUGUAUUUAUGAUAGUUCACAGCCACUCAAUAAUCUUUAAGCCCAGGUACAACCCCUGUGUGACUCCUCAUAGUCGAUGUGUUCAUAACGCAUGGUGCUUGAUUAGGGAACAUGUGGAGACGCGCAGAAUUAAACCAUAUCCUCAUAGAUCUUCGGCUGUGUCGGUGCUAUGUUUGAUCCUUUGAUAAGUAUGUAUGUGCUUCAUCAUAGAUGUAUUGUCAUGUACAGAUUUAUUUGAAUCAUGAUUUAUAUAUAUUAUGGUCUGUAAUGUAUGACCUUUUGAUACUUUUUUGUUAUUGAAAUUUUAUCUCAGUGAAAAACAGCAGGUCAGUGAAUUUUAUUUUAGAUGGUUCUUUCACUAAUACUUGAAAAUAAACAUGUUAUGUCUAUUGUAUAAUAUUUGCAAGAAUAAUUAUGCAACUAA